AUGCCGCGGCGCCGGCGCAGCGCCUUCUCCCCGCUGUCCCACGCCCGACGGCCGCCCGACCGCAUCCCUCUGCUCCGUCUCACGUGCCUCGCGCUCUGUUUUGCCUCUUGUAGCGCUGCGGGGGACCUCGUGACGCGCCUGUACGGCCUCGAGAAGACCGGCAGCUCCGUGUCGAAGCUGUCGCUGAGCCCCAGUGAUCUGCCAAGUGCAGUCGCCAAUCGGCUAUCGAGCCACUCGCUGGUCUGGACCGACGUCUCGGGGUUCAUGCAGCGCGCGUUGCUGUGGGACUCUGGGUUUGUGUUUGCACCGGCUGUAGGGAACGUCUCGCAGCCGUCGUCGCUGAGGAGGGCCCAGAACAAGACCCUGGUGCAGAUUUACACGGCCUGUGGCAAAGGGAUGGGCGACCUGCUGCCCCGUGUCGCAGAGGUCAAGACCCUUGCGGCUAAUCGCAGUGCAGGGGACUGCGGCGUGGACAAUUGCGGGAGCAUUGGCCACUUUUUAGCAGCCACUUGUCCAGCCACGCAGGUGCUGCCCCUGACUCGGUGUGCUGUGUACGCCUCAGCUAUGGAGGACCAGGAACAGGUGACAGGUGUGCUCUGGGCCGAAGACGGGUGCAGCACGAACGUGCCAGAGCCGGUGUUGAGACGCCACACAGCGGUCGAAACAGCAGCCAAUCGAUCGCUGUUUGCUGUCCAUCUAUCGAACGCCGUUUUCACAGGAGCAGAGUCGUGUCAGCCGUAUACCGACUUUAUUCUGCCAUGCAGAGGGAUGGCCGACGACGAACGGGCCGUGCGAAGCAGCGAGGGUCUCAGCUUCAUUGACGACAGCGGCAGCUUUGCAAAAGCUGACUUGUGUCCAGCGUCGCAUGGAGCACUGAUGGAUGCGUGGCUGAAGAUGGAAUCGGCGCCGUCAGCUCAGUCGUUUCCAACGUUGGCCAUCGGACUGCUAGCAGCCUCGGUGCUGGUUGUUGUAGCUUUGAUCGUCUCAGUCUGCUGGCUGAAUCGCUCUCGUGCGCGGUUGCAGAACGCAUACGACCAAGUGAUGCUGGAACGGUCCUGGGACGAUGAUUGCUGGUCACCGGAUUCACAUCUUAUGGGAGGACCGCUUGGUUCGUCGGGAGGUGUUGCUGGGGAAGAACGGCUUACACCAAUGGAGGUUUUCUUUGGAGCUCAGCUAAGGAAUCGGCGCUCGCCAGGUAAGCGCGGGACAGCUGCUCUUGUGGCGACCACACGUGAUGAGAUCAUGCUAUCGAACGACCAGCUGUGUCGCGAGAGCACGAUUCUGCGUGCCUUUGUGUCGGAUCCUGCCAUUGUGACAAAACGCAUCUCGUUUGCGCAGCUUCACUUUUUACGGUUGCUCGCCAAGGGAGGCAGCGGCGAAGUAUGGCUGGGCCAGUAUGAAACGCGUUACGUGGCAAUGAAGUGUUUGUUGCCAGCAAAGCGCGAAGAUCCCGAGGCGCUGGAACGAUUUGCAGAAGAGAUCCGAAUGGCUUCGCUGCUAGCGCACCCUCGUAUUGUAGCCUUUUGUGGCGUAGCCUGGCAAUCACUGCUGCAUCUGUGCGCUGUGACGGAAUACAUGCCGCGUGGCGAUCUCGAGAGUUUAUUGGCGAACCCGGUUGCUCGAAGGAAGCUGAGCUGGAGCAGAGAAAAGUUGGCAUUGAGCAGUGACAUCGUUGAGGCGCUCGUGUAUCUCCAUUCUCUGGAAUCGAUCGUGAUACAUCGCGACCUCAAGUCUAAGAAUGUGCUGCUCGAUCGACGACUGCGCGCGAAGCUGAGCGAUUUCGGGCUUAGCCGUGAACAGUCGAUUGAGGACACGAUGACCAAUGGCAUUGGCACAAUUCUUUGGAGUGCGCCGGAAGUACUGGAAGGGAAGCGCUAUGAUGAGAAGAGUGAUCUUUUCUCAUUUGGGGUAGUGCUGUCGGAGAUUGACACGUGCGCUCUGCCGUAUGGAUUCAGUCGUCAUGCCAAAAUGCGCAGCAUGCAGAUCGUCCAUCUUGUGUCGGAAGGCAAGUUGCUGCCCAGUUUCCGCGAUGACUGCCCACCGCCAAUCCGCGCACUCGCGCAAAGGUGUCUGAGCUUAGACCCUGCAGCUCGACCCACGGCAAUGGAGGUCGCAUUCGAGCUGCGCUCUGUGAUUGCACCUCAGCUGCUUCAGCAUGCAGUUUCGACAGGUGCUGACGGUGCCACUGGCAGUGUCACUCCAUCGACCGUAUCGCCGAGUGCAACAGACGUUGAAGGAAUUGGCAGUGGGGUAGCACCGCCAUCAACAGAUGGACACGACGCGCACGUGAUCGGUGAAGAUGCAAACAGCAAACAGACCCAGACAGAGCCGUGGGUAGCGUAUGAAAACUAG